AUGACGAAGAUGAAAGUUUUCUUUGUGGGAUGUGGAGGAAAAAGAAGGAAGAAAUGGGUUGAUUACAAUGAGAUGGAGUUUCGAGGAAGUGAAGAAGAGAAUAUGGAAUCAGCAACUCCAGAACCACAGGACACAAUCAUUGACAUUAUUGAGGACUCAGCAGCAACAUUUACACAAAUCACAGAAGUACAUAAUGGGGAUCCAACAAAUGCAAAUCCACAGCUUACAAGGGUCGCAACAGCUAAAUGCAGAAGGCCUUCACUUGAUUUUCUACAGGAUACAAGGGAGGCAUUGGAUAUUUUCUUUUCCGAAUGUGUGCCACUUUACAAGCAUACACUACAAGGCAAUUGGGAAGCAGCGAAUCGCAUCUUAGAAGCAAAGCCAGCACUGAGGACUGCAGCCAUAGCAAACGGGUGGCCCACAGUGCUGCAUGUAGCUGCAGGCACAAACCACUAUCACUUUGUGGAGGAGUUGCUCAAAACACUCGACAAUGAUGCAAUAGAAUUGCAGGAUGAAAAGGGCAACACUGCCUUCUGCUUUGUGGCUGCAUCUGGCAACUGGCGCAUUGCUGAGUUGAUGCUGAGAAGAAAUCUAUUCUUGCCAAUACUCAAGGGUGGAAAUGGAAUGACCCCUCUUCACUUCGCUGCUUUGCAAGGAAGGUGCCCUAUGGCAUGCAGACUAUACCCUUUGACUGUACAUACGUUUGUUGAUGAUGACUGGGAAUUGCUGUUCUUCACUUGCAUCAAAACUUGCAACUAUCAUUUAGCCUUAGAAAUGGUAAGCCAUAGGAAACAGCUAGCUUUCGCACGUGAUGGGAAUAACGGCAUUGCUUUGCAUCUCUUAGCUAAAGAUCAAAAGCGUCUGGAUUCUUGCUGCAAUUGCCAAGAACAUCAAAAUAUUCCCGUCAAGACCAACCCUGGCAUGAAACAAGACAUAUUUCUUCAAUUGGUUAAUGUUCUCUGGAACACGAUUCUCGACAACAUAGACUCCAAGAGCAAGAUAAUUGACAUCAUAAACAAUCCUUCUCAGCUAUUAUUUGAUGCUGCAAAAGUUGGUAAUGUUGGAUUUUUGUCUGAGCUUAUUAGCUCUUAUCCUAGUUUGAUAUGGGAAGUGGACAGUAGAAACAGAAGUAUAAUCCACACAGCUGUUUUGCAUCGACAUGCUAGCAUCUACAAUCUCAUACACGAAAUAGGUUCUAUAAAAGAUAUUAUUGUGACAUUUGAAGGAGAACACGACAAGAACACUUUAUUGCAUUUGGCUGCAAAAUUAGCACCACCUAGUCAACUUGAAUUAGUUUCAGGAGCAGCUUUCCAAAUGAGCCUUGAGAUAUCGUGGUUUGAGGAGGUGAAGAAGAUAAUGCCACCAUCAUUGAUAUGGACGAAAAACUCCGAAGGAUUAACUGCUCAAGAAUUAUUCACAAGGGAGCACGAAAAUUUGCGCAAAAAUGCAGAAGAUUGGAUGAAACGCACUGCUGAGUAUUGCAUGCUUAUUUCAACAGUUAUUGCCACAGGAGUGUUCUCUGCAGCUAUUAGCAUUCCGGGCGGCAUAAAUGAUGAAACAAAAAAACCAAACUACUUGAACAAAACAUCAUUCCUAGUAUUUUCUGUAUCAGAUGCAACUUCACUCAUCUCAUCUGCAACUGCAAUACUAAUAUUCUUGUCUAUUCUCAUCUCACGUUAUGCCGAGUAUGACUUUCACAAGUCACUGCCCUUUAAGCUAAUAUCUGGAUUGGUGACUCUUUUCAUCUCCAUAACAUGCAUGAUGAUAGCUUUUAGUAGUUCCUUCUUCAUAACGUACAAUGACGGUUCAAGGGUGGUUCCUGAUCAAAUUUCAGUUCUUGCAUGUCUUCCAAUACUUCUGUUUAUAGUUCUGCAAUUUUCACUAUGCUCUGAUCUCAUCUACUCAACUUACUACUAUUGUAGAGAUCUCUUUAAGCCAGGUAAAAAUAUGUUGUACGUGGAGAGAAAAGGAGGCUAUCUAUAUGAAUGA